ACGGUUACAAUCAAGUUUAGCCGCUGUUUUCAUUUAACCAUUCUAAGACGGGACAGAAAUAGGUUGUAAACAACGGGCAAACUAAAUGCUUUAUAUAUCAGUUGUUGUUUUAUUUAUUUCAACGUUAUUAAAUUGAAAAUUAGCUUUAAAACAUUACGGAUGGAAGCAAAGAAAAUAGUGGAGCCUCAAAAUCCGUGUUCUCCAAAUGCGGAAAGACCGUUUAAGGGCCACGUUUGUGGAAUAUGCCAGAAAUGGUUUAAAAGAUCAAGUGAUCUGCAUAGACAUGGAAGUGUACAUUCCAAUGAAAAACCUAUUUCUUGUGAUCAUUGCAACAUGAAAUUUGCAUCUAAAGAUAGAUUAUACUCACAUCGUAAAUAUUUCUCCCUAGAAAAGGCUUUUCAAUGUGAGUUUUGCCCAAUGAGCUUUAAAAUGUUUUCUAUUCUUAAACUUCAUAUGAUUAUUCACACUGAAGAGAGACCUUAUAAGUGUGAAAUGUGUAAUAAGAAUUUUCGUCGUAAGGGUGGGCUUGAAUAUCAUUAUAGCAGUCAAUCAUAUCUAGCUCAUCAUAGAAAAUUUGAAGAAUUUAAACAAUUUGAAUAUUUAAUCGAGAAAUAUAAAUCUAGAAAUGUUGAUGAUGGUGCUGUGCAUAUUUGUGCAGUCUGUAAAAAGGAAUUUAAAUCAACAAAAUGCCUCGAACGCCACUCUGUUGUUCAUGCUCAGAAGUGGUUUGAAUGUGACAUAUGUGGAAUACGUUCUAAAAGAAAAGAAUACAUAUCUAAGCAUAAACGCACAGUCCACUCUACUACUAGAAAGGAGCUUUUUCCUUGUGAUAUUUGCAAAAAAAAUUUUACUACCAAAUAUUCUGUCAAGUUACAUAAAGCUGCUCUCCAUGAAAAAUUCAGGUCAUUUCAAUGUGAAGUUUGUCCCCGAUCUUUUCUUAGGAAAAACGAUCUUGUAUCUCAUAUGGGUGUCCACAGUGGAGUGAAAAAUUUUGCUUGUAUUAUGUGUGACAAAAAAUAUAGAACAUUGAAUGGUUUGAAGUAUCAUAUGAGAGAGCACACGGGAGAAAAACCUUAUAUGUGUGAAGGUUGUAAUGCACGUUUUAAAUCAGGGGAAAUGCUAAAAAGUCACUCUAAAAAGUGUGAAAAAAUUAAAGCUAUUUUAGGAACAGAACACAAUACAGAUUGCAAAAUGGAACUUGAAUUGUUCCAAAAUCAAAACACAGAUUGCCAAAUAAAAAUGGUCAAAGUGCCUGAAAAAAAUAUAGCUGAAGAAACUGUGGAUCAAGCAACAUAUAAAAGUCUCGAAGCUACAAAGAAAGCAUUUAGUAAAAGGGAUAAAGUUUUUUCAUCUCAAAAUAUAAAGUUUAUAAAAGUUCAGAAUACAGCAGAACUGGACAUAUUGAGAUUAACAAGAUUAUUUCAGAGAUACAGGUGUCUUUCAAAUGUUUAUUCCAAAUAGCUUUAGUGUAUAUUAUAUCCAAUUGUGAUGUAGUGGCUUAUGGGGAAACUAUUGUUGUUCUACUGACAAUAAGACAAUUGUUACGAUCAUUACUAUAACUUUAUAUUUUAAUUUUAUUUGUAGCUACUUAUGCUAACCAGAUUUUUUUAAAAAAAAACAGAUUUAAUCUGUGAUAAUUUACUGAAAAACAAUUAGUAUAAAUUGUAAGCAUACAUGAAAGUAAAAUUUUUAUUACCUAUAAAACAUUGAGGUGUGAAAAAACUAAAACAUCUUAUUGUCUAGUACAUAACGCAAAAUUACCACCAUUCUCGUACCUAUAACUUUAAAUAAUUAUUUUAAUUAAUAUUAAUACCAAUGAUAACUGUUGAUUUAAUUAUGAACUACCAUUUUAUUAAAUUAAUCUAUUAACCUUUUUAUCUGGUAAAAAGUUAAAUUAAUUUAAUUGAACAUAUUACUUGUUAUGUGUUUCAUUAUAAAUUGUUUGUAUUAGUAAUCAUUGUAUAUUAUAUUAUGAAUCCAUGAUCAGCAUCUCUGAGAUAGUUGGUCACUGUUAAUCCUUACUUAUUUUUACUAUUCAGUAAAUUAAAGAAAUUUAUUGUGA